CCAGAGCCUAAAGCUUUAUUCAUGUUUACCCGCGCACUUCCCAUUUAUCAUUCGGUCAGAUUUGAUUUCUAUUGUUUCUGCUACUGGGACGUGAUACUAUUUUCCGUUUGACGUCGGUUUGGUUGUGUUGCUGUUGUUGCUCCUCCACCUCCACUAGUGUGUGGUAAUAUUACAGACCGAGGUUGGCGAUGGAACGUCGCAGCUUAGCAGCUCAUCCCUUCGCAGCUUUUUUGUUAUUAGUAAUAAAAUAGAAACAUACCAUUAUGAGUUUCAUAUGGCUACGGGUUUCUAAUGUCCAUGAUGACCCACGAACUCAUAUAUUGUAGUGAAGUAAACGACCAAACUUUCCGAACUGGAAUCGACGAAAAAACUAAGUACGAAAGCAACGAAUAUCAAUACCAAAGAUGCCCUAGUAAGUUAUGCAUUCCUUGCACAAGCCACGUCGAUUCUAUUCUUGUCUGGAACGGAAAAACAAAAAUCUAUACUAAGUGGGCAAAUCCAAUCUCAUGCAAAACGAAAAACGUAAUAUAUGCAAUGCAGUGCACCCACUGUGCUUUGAUUUACAUAGGCCAAACCAAAAACAUGCUUCGCGAGAGGUUUUUCGACCACCGUCAAAAGCUGAACGAAGCCUACGAAGCACGACUUUGGCAAGAUUUUUCUGGAAUUAGGAAAAAGCAUAGCGCAAUACUUUAUCAUCAUUUUGCCCGAUGUCCGGGUAGGCCGCGGGUCAUGCCUGUCAACAUCACUUCUUCAUCUGAGCUUCUCACCGAGCUCGAGGAAAAAAUGAUGUGCUACGCCCGUUCCUUAUUUCCA